GCGUGUACAUCAUCGCAGCGGUUUGGUUGCCUGUGCAGCAACAACCGCAGCUGCAGCCACCAGCUGUCAGCAGCCCGACAAAAGCUUCCACAGUAGCAUCGCUUUCCAUUCCACAUGUGUCUUCACCGCCAAUCGCGCCGCCUGAGCUUGAGGCACCAGGAUUCACAGAGGUGUCCGAGCCACCACCGCCACCAGCCCAAGAGCCGUCGCUGCCGGCACUGGAACUAAAGGGCUCAAUAGAUGUCAGUCUUCCAAGUCUUCCAUCUGUGGGAUCCAUGGGACAUGACGAGGGCGCUUGUAAGCCCUGCGCUUUCGUCUUUAAGAAGGGGUGCGACAGUGGCAGCCAGUGCACCUUCUGCCACCUUUGCCCACCAGGUGAAAAGAAGCGCCGCUCAAAGGAAAGGGGCGCACUGAAAAAGGCAGCAGAGGGUACGACCACGCCGUGA